AGAAUUUUCCUCCUCCCUCACAAACUCCCUUGUCUUCUUCUUCCUUUUUCCUUUUCCCUUUUCUUUUUUUGCUUCAAAAUUCUCAGCCGUGACUCCAUUCCAAGCUUGUAUUUUUCCCUCUCUCUCUCUCUCUCUCUCACUACGCAGAGUUAAUUUUGGCAAACCACUUUAGCUCACCAAAAAAGAAGCCUUUUUCCUCUCCUCUUAAUUCCCCUUUUGUUGUUGAUUCCACACCAACCCACCCAUCUUCACACACAUUUCUUCUCCGCGCUGCGCAGCGUGUCAUCUCUCUUGUAGAGAGAGAAACAAACCAAGUGAGAGAGAGAGAGAGAGAGAGAAACACACUCACGCAGACCCCCUUAAAACCCACACACACACACACAUACAGAGAGGGGAACCAAAAAAAAACAGAGAAGAGAGAAUGAAGCGCAAGUCUCCUUCAUCUUCGUGCUCCUCCUCUUCAUCUUCCUGCUGCAUCGAAUCGCCGUCAAUCGCCCAACCCAGCGCGCCGGAAUCCAAGCCCAAGCCCAAGCGCGUCCGAGCCAAGAGGAAUCAGAGCGACAAUUCCGCCACCUCCGCUAAAUCACGCAGCUCCAUUUACAGAGGCGUCACCAGGCAUCGGUGGACUGGCAGGUACGAAGCUCACCUCUGGGAUAAGACCACAUGGAACAGCAUCCAGAACAAGCGAGGAAGACAAAUUUAUUUAGGUGCUUAUGAUAAUGAGGAAGAUGCGGCACGGACCUACGAUCUAGCUGCCCUUAAAUACUGGGGACCUGCCACCAUCCUCAAUUUUCCGGUAGAGGGCUACACCAAAGAUGUUGAAGAGAUGCAAAAAUUGAGCAAGGAAGAGUAUUUGGCGUCGCUUAGGCGGCGGAGCAGCGGCUUUUCUAGGGGCGUUUCUAAAUAUCGCGGUGUAGCAAGGCACCAUCACAACGGCCGGUGGGAGGCUCGAAUUGGGCGAGUUUGUGGAAACAAGUACCUCUACUUAGGAACCUACAGCACUCAAGAGGAAGCAGCAGCAGCAUAUGAUAUGGCAGCGAUAGAAUUCAGAGGUCCGAACGCUGUAACGAAUUUCGACAUAAGUAAUUACGCGGAUAAGUUGAAGAAAUUCAUACCUGAGGUGCAAGUGGAAGAGGUCCAUGUGAAGCAGGAGACGCACUCAACUCCCCCCGACGAGGUACAAGCAGACGAAGAUCCUCACCCGGUUGCUGAAACAAGUAGCCCUAAGCCCGAACCCAAAGAUUCCAACGAGUCGGAAGGCAUGGUCACCAUGGAACCAAUCGAGGAGCACGGGCACCCUUGGGAUCUCUGUCUAGAUACUCUAUUCAACAUCCUCCCAAUACCCGACAUGCCUCUGGGGAAAGCCUCCGAGGUGUUCGACUACAAAGGCUUCGAUGAUGAUAUCGAGUGCAUCUUCGACGAGCCAUUGGAUGAUAACGAGAUCCUCCAAUACGGCGGCCAGAUCGACGCAGCAGACGCAUUGGUGGCUCAGGACUUGAAAGGGCGGGACGCCUCCGCUUCGACCUCACCUUCUUCGUCGCCACUAUCAUCGACCACAUCAGCCUGCAGCAACAUCUAAUGCCCCUUCAAGUUUUAGGAUGUUUAGACCUUAAGUUACUGUAACUUUAGUUGAGGAAGCUAGCUGUAGAUGAUAAGAGUAACAUGCAGUGCUUCUGCACAAGCUCAGAGUCUUUGGCUUGUUCAUGGCCCCCCCCUUUUUCCCCCCUCCCCUGAGAUAAAGACUGUCUCAAGAGAUAGCUCUGUUUAUCAGUGUGUAAUUCUAGGAUUUCUUCCUUCUUUCAUGAAAUGAAUUCAGUGAGUUUUGUUUUUAA